GAAGGUAGAAGGCCACGUGCUUCUCCACAGUCGCAAGCCCACAUCAUCACAGUGUGUCACCCGCUUCAGUUUUUUUACUACUUUUACUGCAGCAGCGCCACGAGACAUAAACAACAGUGUCACGUCAUUUCAUAAAGCUUCCAGCAGAUCAGGUUGAACCGGCUCUUUGGAAGCAGAGAAAGAACCAUGGAGGCUCCGAAGGGCUUUGAUAUCGACGCCCCACGCUGGGAUCAAUCCACAUUCAUGGGUCGCCUCAAACACUUUUUCAACAUCACUGACUGUCGCACCGCUCUGCUGCCUGACUCCAGACUAGAUGAAGCCAAAGCUUUAGUGGAGAGCUGCAGAGCUGGCUCUAUUCCUCCUGGCACUACAGAGGAGCAGUUACACUAUGCCAAGAAGCUGUAUGACUCUGCAUUUCAUCCUGACACAGGUGACAGGAUGAACCUGAUAGGAAGAAUGUCAUUUCAGGUGCCUGGGGGUAUGGCCAUCACGGGGUUCAUGCUUCAGUUUUACAGGACAGUUCCUGCUGUAGUGUUCUGGCAGUGGGUUAACCAGUCUUUCAACGCUCUGGUCAACUACACCAAUCGCAAUGCUGCCUCCCCCAUCACGCCAAAGCAGAUCGGAGUAGCUUAUGCGACGGCAACAAGCACAGCGCUGGCCACUGCGGUCGGGCUGAACCUUUACACAAAGAAAGCUCCUCCGCUGGUGGCUCGCUGGGUGCCGUUCGCUGCUGUGGCUGCGGCUAACUGUGUGAACAUUCCAAUGAUGAGACAACAGGAGAUUUUGAACGGCAUCGCUGUGACAGAUGAAGAUGGAAAUAAACUGGGCCACUCGAGGAAAGCAGCUGUCAAGGGCAUCACACAGGUGGUCAUCUCUCGAGUUACCAUGGCAGCGCCAGGCAUGAUCAUACUCCCGAUUAUUAUGCAGAGGCUUGAAAAAUACAAAUUCAUGCAGAAAAUCACAUUUCUUCAUGGGCCACUGCAGGUCAUGAUGGUUGGCGGAUUUCUGAUCUUCAUGGUGCCUGCAGCAUGUUCACUCUUUCCUCAAAGAUGUUCUAUGGCUGUUUCCAAACUGGAACCUGAGCUCAGGGAAUCAAUCAUUUCUCAGUAUGGGGACCAUGUCCGCUAUGUGUACUUCAACAAGGGACUGUGAGUGCUGACAAAUCACAGACUGGAUGCACAGGUCAUCUGCCAACUAGAGGCUCUUUUUAACAAUUUUUGUUAAAGAAUUUGCUAAAAAGAUGUUUCAUAACUUAGAAAGGUUUUUAUGCACGAAAGCAUAAUUUAUGAAUAGUUUUUUUUACAUUUGGCCCUGACUGCUGCAAAGAAUUACUUUGAUUUGUGAAUCAAAAUUCUCUGUAAAAAUACAUUUUACAGAGUAUAGGCAUUAGAUAAACCUGGCACAGUUGCCCUGUCAUCUGUUCCUGUUGAUCUACCCUGAAUAAUCUGGAACAGAUAGAAAAAUCUGAGAUCUGUUUCCCUCUGAUGCCAAACGCUGUCAUUUACCACGUACAUCUCUCAGGAAGAGUUUAUUUUAAAGGUCUAAUGCUUUAAAAGCUUCUGAAGCCAUCAGUGAAAUCAUUUUAUCAGGUUUUUCUUAAUAUGUCAGACACUUAGGAAUAUACAGUCAGAUCAUAAAUAAAUGUUUACAUUUGAAAUACCAGUUACAAGCAUAAGUACAGUCUAAUAAACGUCAGUCUAAUAAGAGUAUUUUACAGUUAGAGUGUGCCUUAAAAACAUGAAUGGCGCCCGUUGGGUCCACAGCCUGCCCUCACUGUGAACUAUCUGAGUUAUGUACUUGUUUUCAUGAUUACAAGAUGAUGAAAUAAACAGACAGCUGUCGAAAUAAACCCCUGGUCUGUGAUAACUCAUGGGAGUUGAACUAAAGUGGACCUUGUGUUUAUUUUAUCAACAACUGUGCACUAGUUUUUCAUUCCUGCCACAUGAGGGCAGUAUCUGAUUAUCGAAGUUUUGCGAAGGUAAAUACGCAGCACUUCUGUCAAAUAUUCACACCGAUUGGCUAUAAAGCCACCAGAAACCACUUUUUAAGGCAAUCUGAAAUAAAUGGAUCAAUACUUGAAAGUCUAUACAUACACACAGUAUAUGAUGAAAUAUACGUGAACAUUACUUCAUGCAAAAAUUUACAUAUUUAUAGACUUAAAAAUACUAAUUGGACGAGCUGAUGUCGUUUAAUGUUUUAUUUGGUAAUACUGUAUAUUUAUCCGUCAAGUGAACGUCCACAUGGGAAUUACACAAAGCAUCAAAGACAUGCAUAGUCUGGUUCUUCUACCACAACUUUUAUCAUGUGGUUCAGACAUUAGGUCUCACAUUCCUGCUCUUUUCAGCAAAUCAUAAAAGAGAAAGACAAAGACUGGUAAAAAUAACACAAUGAUCAUAUAAAUCAAAGGUAAUAACACAUUAAAAAAGUAGAAACGUGAAAACAAAAUCAUUUAACUUACGCCAUUAAAGUUCAAUAACAAUUCAUACAAAGCAGUUUAAGUAGUUAUAGCUCGAUGCAUAUUAAACAUUAACCUUGAAGAUUUAUAUAGACUAUUCGUAAAAGUUCAAGCUCGUUUAUGACAAUGAUUCUGGUAUGAAGAAAGAUGUGAGGAUAUUGAAACAAAAAUCUUAAUUUAAAUCACACUUAAGCAAAAAAAACAAAAAAAAAAAAACAGCUUCGUACAUUUAUGCUGGAACACUGAUAGCCAAAAUAGAAAGG